CGGUGCUCGCCGCCGCCGCCGCCGCCGGAGCUCGCUUGCAACGGCAAGGGUGAAACAAGUGUCCGCUGUAUACAGUAUGGCGGUGGCAGCCGGUUUACGUGCGUUGUUCGUUGUUAUACUUGGAUAAACGACGUUGUAUACAAAUAUGUUGCUCUCGGUUAUCCGAGGAUGACGGUGUCUGAAAUAAUCACAUCAUCAAAACUUGUCGCGAACAAAGUGAAGAAACGUACAAACAAUCGUAACCAUAGAUCGAUGUGUUUUGUUUCCCGUGUACGUGAUUGUGAAUUCGUUGGAGAGCAAGGCCUCGUCCGGGAGUUUUGCGUCCCGAGGUAAACGCCGGAUAAAAUUUCAUUUUGAAUUUUCAAAUAGUAUCUGCGGUGAUGGUGCGCCUCGGUUGCAAACGUUGAAUAAGAUCGCGUGGAGAUACGCGUUUACGAAAAUGUGACAAAACCGAGUGAAAUUAAAUGGGAAAAAAAUGUUUCUAUCAUCCGUUGGCCGGCAGAGGAGGCCGUGACAAAGUCCGUAGUGCGACGGGAGAGAGAGAGAGAGAAGGAGCGUGAACGAGCGAGCGAGCGAGUGAGAAAAAAAAGAAAAACUCGGUGAGAGUCAACCUCGAGGUUGGCGAGACGAGGGACAGGCGAGGCUAAUAGGAGGUGGGCUUUUUCCGUCCAUCUCUCUUCCUAACGAUACAUCACCUAUCUUUCUUCCCCGCUGAAACUCUCGGGCUCGGUCGUGGUGCGGAGUCGUACUGCCACGAGGAAGAGGAGGUCAGUCGGUACGAGCGCCGCACCGUGUGCGGAUCUCAUCCGUUUUCUAUCUCCCUCCUUUCUCUCUCUCUCUCUCUCGCGCUCUCCUUCGUAUUCGAGGUCUCGCCCCGUCCGUUGCUCGCGGUGCGAAAAAUAAUUGAGAUCGCGAAAAUACUGCAUCCUCGCAGCCCAUCCCAUCCUCGCUUGGAUAAAAAAAAAAAAAAAAAAAAAAAAAACAUACGAUUCCCGGGAGAGAGGGAGUACGCGAAUUGAGCGCUUCGCAAGCGAGACAAUAGAUAAAAACAUUGAUAUAGUACGAGUGGAACAACGGCGACGAGGAUGGAGCCUUCCAAGGAACGCUACAACGAGCUGUGCAGGCUCUGCGCCUCUUACGACGCCGUCAAAAUGGAUAUAUUCGGUAAUGAGGGAAAAAAUCGUCAGCUCGUCGACAAAAUACAAACUUGCCUGCCCUUCAAAAUCGCUGAAGAUGAUCGGCUACCCAAGUGUCUCUGCUAUCGGUGCAUGUACAAUUUGGAAAAUUUUUACGACUUCAGAACGGCCUGCGUGAACGCCGUUGCUCUUUUGGAAAGGUGUCUGCCACCCGGAAACAACGCUACUGGUCAACAAAUCGAAAAUGGGGUCGAGAGCUAUUCGGAAUUACGCUCGGAACUCCUCAAGGAGAAGGAAAAAAUGCCUAUACUCAUUCCCGAAGCCCCCAUAGUUAAUCCGAACGCGGCCCUUGGAACGCCGCCGAGACUGAAUUCGGACGGCGAGGGCGAACCCGAGAUCGAGGAAAUUCAUAACGGCAGCGGGACCGAAGACGGUGUCGCGAAAGAAUCAGUAUUCGCAACAAAUGCGAGCUUCGAGGAUGCGGACGAUCGUAAAUCGGACGAAUACGAGAUGGACAUGGAGACGAAUCCAAGCGAUUUCUUGGAAAUGACGCCCAUGGUAACCGAGGAAAUGGAUGAAACUAGCAGUAAAAAGUCACAAUCGUCUAAAACGAGAAACAUGCUCGAAACGUUUCAACACACGUCCGAGCAACACGAAGUAUACGUUUGCUCGUUGUGUAACAAAGCUUUUAGUUCAAAGGGUCAUUUAUCCCUGCACGCGAGAAUUCACGUUGGCGCGGGUGACGUUAUCGGUGCCAAAGUCGUUACGGACGAUCACACCUCCUACAAGAGACCUUAUCAAUGUGAUCUUUGCAACAAAUCCUAUUCAACGGCGAAACAUCGAUGGGGACACGUAUCAACUACUCAUCGGGGUCAUCCGGCUGUCACGUGUGCCUAUUGUUCGCGAAUAUAUUCCACUCGUACGAAUCUCGAAGAGCACAUCAAAUCUCGACACACCGGUCUGCCUCCGCCUCCGGAAUUACCAGUCGCCUACGUACAGCCGGACAAUCGAUACAGAUGUAAAACUUGUCCAAAGAUGUACACGAACGUGACGGAUUUAAACAAGCAUACGAGGGUAUGCGCGGCCGACGUUGCUAUGAAGGAAAAACAGCAGCAUCGGCCGAUCAAAAAAGUACCUCAAAAAAAUAAAUCUCGCGUAGAUACGUCCGAUAUUUCCAGUAGCAGCGGCACUACCGACACCGAGGACGAGAGCAACAACGAUUACAGAAACGCCGAAGCGAAACUUUCAAAAAACCCUCAAUUAACAAUACUGAAACAGGCCCUCACUAAGGGCAGCGAUAAUCUUAAAAGAAAUUACGAGGACAGAAGGAAUCAGGCGAGCAGCGGUAGCAACAACAGCAAGCCUCCUGCUCCCAAAGUUCCACGGAUAGAAAACAGCGAGGGUGCAGCUCGAAAGAGAUGGUACUGCGAGAUGUGUCCACAAAAUUUCACCUCCGUUGAAAAAUUGAAACAACACGAAAUGAUUCACGACGCGGAAAGACCUUACGUGUGUAUAUUGUGCGAGAAGGAUUUCGUAGUAAAGACAUCGUUGAGUAGACACAUCGUUUCGAGACACGGAGUCGACCCAACCCCGAUUCUCGAGAGCGACAAGUGUACGAAGAAAGGGGCAUUGGCACAAUCAUGGAGAAAAAAAAUGAUUAAAACGGAGGAGGUAAAUGUACAAUGCAAGAGAGAAGCACCCAGCGACUCGUCGGAGGAUGCCGACAGUUUUGCCCACGGGAAUGUGGUCGAAAUCGAGACCGUAUUCGUCUGUGAGAUAUGCACACGUGAUUUCAACGAUCGCGCUUCUCUGUGGCUUCACAUUCGUGCGACCCACAAAGAAUUCGCUGCGUUUGCUUGCGGAGUUUGUCUCAAGAUAUGCUCCGACAAUGCUCAGCUCUUGAAUCACGUAAACAUGUAUCACGGUGGCUCGAAACUCUUGGUCUCCGAGCAGAGGAGAUACAGUUGUACGAUUUGCGGUAGACAGCAUGACUCGAGAAAAAAAUUAAUCACCCACGUAUCCAUACACAACGUCGAUCCCGGCUAUGAUCCAGCCAGUUUCGUUCAACUCAAUGCAAACUAUUACAACGAAAGUUUCAACAGCAACGAGCCCAACGAUCACUUGAUGGAUUUCGAUCCGGAGGACGGCGACAAAGUUGACUGUUAUAUUUGUUACAAAUCUUUUCCAAACGAGGAUCACCUCAUUCGUCAUCAACGAAACGCUCACAAGUCCGAAGGUCUUGCGCCCAGCAACCAAGUAGCGAUACCGAGCAAUAAUGGGCCCACUUCCGUUUCCGUACCUGGACUCAAUGGGACCAAAGCCCAGUAUCAUUUGUUCUUCGUUUGCGAGCUGUGCGGUAGUUCACAUCCGAGCAAGUGGGAACGUUGGCUCCACGUAAGCGGAAAUCACAGCGAUGAUCCCUCCAUGAGAUGCGAACGAGAGGAUUGUGGCAAGAUAUUUGCGACGAAGGCGCUCCGAAAUGAACAUGCGCAGCACCAUCUUAUCCAGGGCGCAUCACCGAACACCUGCGAGGUUUGUGGCAAACUGUGGGGCAGUCGAGUCGAUUACUGGAAGCACGUGAUGGGAGUUCACUCGGACACGGUACCGUUGAUUUGUGGAGUUUGCCUCAAGGUGUUUCCGGAUGUCGCGAAACUCAGUAACCACGUUAAAACGAGUCACUGGCCACUGACGAACGGUGAUUUCAGUUGCGACAUUUGUGGCAGACCCUAUUCUAACAGAUCAAAAAUGUCAAGACACAGAAAGAUUCACGGCGUCGUGGAGGUUGAUCCGACGUUAGGAAACAGCGGCGAUACGGCCGGCAGGAUUGCCGCGGCCGGGGACAUUCGCAACGAGACGCGCGCCUACUACGGCGAGAAGAGUCCGAAGGAAGUUCAAUUAACUUGCGAGUUGUGCACCGAUAUGAGCUUCGAAAAUUGGCGAUCUCUGUGCAAUCAUCGACGAAUGAUUCACGGCCUUUUCCCGUGCGAUCUUUGCAACAAGUGUUACGGCAGAACGUCCCAUCUGUGGAAGCACGUUAACCGAGUUCACAAGGGCCACGAGGACGUGACGUGCCGAUACUGCAUGAAAACGAGCGCCUCCAAGGAUCAUCUCAGGGCGCACAUUGCCAAAAUUCAUCGGUACGAACCGGAGAACAAACUGGAAAUGAUGAUGGUAGUGGGAGAUGCGGCGACUGCGGUGGCAACGGCGAUGGGAGAGGAGCAGGAGGAAGAGGACGAGGAAAAUGGGGAAGACGAGCAAGAAGCGCGGAAAAGAAGAAGAAGAAGAAGGAAGGACGGCGAUGCGUCGAGCCUCGGAGCGAUCGGCGAGGAUGACGAGAUCGGUGAUGGUGGCGGCGGCAUCGGUGUCCAUCACUGCGACAAAUGCCAAAAGAGUUUCCACAAGCGUUACUUGUUGCGACGUCACAUGAAAGGUUGCCAAAAUUACCGUAAAGAUCCGGGCGCUUUGCUGACCCGCUGUCGCGCCUGCGAGAGAAUAUUCAAAGAUCGCGCGAGCCUCCAAAAACACAUUGAGAAUCAUCACAGCGAGUACACGUGUCACUUGUGCAACGAAACGGUCACCUCGAAGCUCGGCAUAAUGACUCACAAUCGCGUAAAUCAUCUUCAUCAUCCGGAUCUCACCUGCGAGAAUGGUAACUGCAGAAAAUUAUUCCGUACGAAGGAGGAUCUCGAGUCUCAUCGCAAGGAUCACAAGUAUCACAACGCGCCAAACGUUUGCGAUUUCUGUGGGGACACCGUCGAGAACAAGCUCAAACUGAAGAUGCACGUUUUGUCGCUCCACCGCAACGAGAUCGGCGUCUCGUGCGGCGUGUGCCUCAUACCCAUGAAAGACCCGAAAGAUCUCAAAAAACACGUCGAGGACGAGCACGAGGGUGUCCUGCACAAACCGAAUACGUGCCAAGUUUGUGGCAAACGCUACGCCUCCAAGUGGAAAGCCUUCGAUCACACGAAAAAAUGUCACGGCAAAGUAUUUCGUACUUGCAAACAGUGCCUCGCGGUAUUCACCACCGACGCGGAUAUUUGUCACCAUUACGAGGACGUGCACAGAGUACACAAGGAUCAGUUGGCCGGUUUCGAAAAACGUCUGCUCGAUUCUCGAACCGAUGAUUGCGACGCGAUCGUCAAGGACGAGCCCGAGGAUUACGAGUACGAGGUGCAUCGCGACGGCGAGGGCGCUGGCGGCGUUGGCCUCUGCGACGACAACGACCCGUACGAUUACAAACGCCGGAAAAGCAGCGCCGGCGGUGGCCCCGGUAAAAAUCAUCGCGACACCCACGACUGUGAAAUCUGCCCCGAGAUAUUCCUCAAUCAGGAAACUCUCUCGGACCAUUACAGAAACGUCCAUAACACCGAUCCUGAGAGAAUGUUCAAAAGGAUCAAACUCGAGAGGGGCGAAGGUGGAAGAUUCACGAGCACCGCCGCUCAGGGCUCCUCCUCUAAAAAAAUGAUGAUGCGAGAACGCGAGAAUUUCGAGUGCCAAAAUUGCUCCAGACAGUUUUGUACGAAAAGCCUAUUUUGGAAUCACACAAACGUUUGCACGAGGCGUAACUCGGCCAACAGAGAAGACCCGAGAUCAUCCGCCUCGUUCGGCGGUCAAACCUCCAUCCUCGAAGCUCAUCUCAAAAACAACAAUCGAAUAAAGCGAGAACCCUCCGAUAUUCCGGGGCUCGACGAUACCAAUUUGAAUAUUCCUGACUUCAACCUCUUCGAGGAUAUAAAUAUGCAGCUAUCUGAGCAAAAGCCUAUUCCGAAUUUGAUGCCGUUGUCGGAGCUGAGGCGCGUGGGCGUCGGGGGCAGCAGCACCGCCGGCGGCGUACUCCUCUUACCCUCCGCGAAUGAAAAAUCUCUGAGAAAAGACUCGAGAAAAGAUUCGAGAAAGGUGUACGACGAAUCUACGAAUACCGUUUGCGUCUGCGAGGUGUGCGGCAAACAGUGGCCGGCGAAAAAGCAUCUCUGGCAGCAUUUGAUACGUUUCCAUCGGGCCGAGGCGGCCGUAACGUGUGGCGUUUGUCUCAAGCUCUGCUCCAAUUACGAACAACUUGGACAGCAUCUGAGGAUGACCCACGAGUCCGCACUGUCCCGGGAGGGCAACAAUUUCACUUGCAAAACUUGUGGUCGUUAUCACAACGCGAGAAGCAAACUGUUGCUGCACAUGAGCAUACACAUUAACAACGACAACGGCGGUGCGACCUGCUGGUGGUGUCCAAAGUGCGAAAAGAGCUUCGAGAACGAGGAAAAACUUCACGAGCACGCUCCUACGUGCGACAAACGCCGUACUGCCAUUUUCGAGGAACACAGCGUCGACAUCGACUACGAACGAGACAUCAAGAUCGAGGACGACAAGGGAAGUCUGAUCGGCGACGGCGCCUCGCUCUCGGGCGAGGACGAGGAGGAAGUCGAUUUCUCGGAUCAGCGGGUACGAAGGAAUUCCGAAAACAGCGAAAACUCGGAAAGCAGCGGCGGAGAUGCUCGCACUCGUAGCGACAGCGACAGCACCGAGGAGGACGAGGACGAGGACGAGGACGAGGACGAGGACGAAGAGGAAGAGGACACCGAAUCGCGCACGAAUAGUCGAGCGACCGGCGCGGCUACCGGCCACUCGGAGACCGAGGACGAAAACGACGUCCGUGAGAAGAGUCCCGUUCCCACUCUUCCCAGUGACAGCCCCGAAGAUGCUAAGAAUAAUUGCGACGACGUGGCAAUCGUCGCCGAAAACGAAAAUAACAAACCAACGACGAAAGUUGCCGAGAUUAAGCAAGAUUCAAAACCCCCUGAGGAGGAGGCGGAACGCGCGGACGAGGAAACCGAGGCGCCGGCCCAGGUCCAACAUAAGACUCCGCAGAGUCCGGAGAACUCGACGAAAAAUUCAGAAAACAUCGACACCUCGAGGAUACUCGAACCUGCUCCAGAGCCCGGCAACGACAACGUCGAUGACGACGACGAGGACGAGGACGACGAUGGACCGCCCAUACUCAGCCCGAUGAUGCCAAUUUCUGCAGAAAACGCGAAUCAAGAACGGGACGAUCUCGCGAGCCACCGGCUCAGUCCCAUGCUCUCGUUGAACGACGACAAGGGAAUCAACGCCGCCCCGAUUCCCACAGGAAUUACAGAAGCUCCUAAAGAAACUAAGAGAACCGAUGAAUCGUCUUCACCCAAAGAUCAUCAACCAUUGUCCGACGAUGAAGAUUGCGAGGAGCGUUCCAACGAGGAAUUGCCCUCGGACACGGAGCCCGAGGAGGAAACCCUCGAGGACGAAAAUGAGGAGUUGGACGACGAGGACAGCAGAAUUCACGUGGUCAACCCUGACGAUGAGUAUCAUUCCGACGACGAGCGACCUCCCGAGGACGACAACGAGCAAGAGGCUGAGGAGGAAGAGGAGGAAGAUGACCACGAGGAGCCGGAACUCGAAGAGGACGAGGAAGACGAGGAGGAGCAAAACCAGGAAGAGGAGGAGGAGGAGGAGGAGAACUUGGAAAUGCACCAGGAAGACGAAGUCGCCGAGGACAUUGAAGAGGAAGAAGACAUUAUCGAGGACGAUAACGACGUCGACGAAGCGGAGGAGCAGGAGGAGGAGGAGGAGGAGGAGGAGGAAUUGACCGCUGAGGGGUCCUUGCAGAUACACAAUUUGGACGGAACUGUAUUGAUGGUUGCCAAAGAUGCGGACGGUAACCAAAUAUUGAUACAACGAAAUGUCUCCGACAUGGAAAAUGACGAAUCGAUCGGAGCACUCACCGGCUACAUCUACGAGGACGACGACGAGUACGACUUCGCGGGCUUCCAAGUCGAGGACGGAGGAAUCCACGUCGAAGAAGCUAGACGAGUCGCCGGAGAGAACAGCGAAGAGGAGGAGGAGGAGGAGGAGGAAGGGGAGGAAGAAGUCGUCCUCGAGCCGGACAACGACGAGGGAGAAUGUCCGGAGGGUGAGGACGAAAAAGAACCGCAACAGGAUUACGCUGACGAAUCGAAUACGCAAGAGGAAAUCGAAGUGCGGACACCCGCGAAAAAAGACCUUGUCGCACAGGACUCGGGUGCCGCAUAGUCGUUUUCCAAAAGAUCAAUUUUUUAACCGUGAAAUUAUGCUGAUUCGAGCUUGAUCGAAUAAGGCACCCGUGACCCUCUUGUGCGAAGAGAACCCUCGGCUCGGGACCUCGAUGACGAACUAUCUUUUUUAAACACACAAAUAUCGUACACUUCCCCAGACACAGGGAGUGUUCUCUUCACAGUCGUUGUCCACUCCCGAAAUACAAUUUAUUUCUCGGGUAUACACUAUAAAAUAUAUUUAUACAAAAACUAAAACAAGAAAUGCAAACGGUUGGGCUAUUCGUUUUGAGCCUAUGAAAGCUCAAUAUAUUCGUCAGUCGAUUCCAUCUUUCGUUUUAUUUAUAAACACACGAGACACGUACACGCACACACGUUUCAAUAUUAUUUAUUCGUAUUGCGCAUUCAUUCCAAAGUAAAUCUUCGGUCAUGGUGGAAUUUUAUUUUCAUCGAGAAUAAAUGAAGAGGUUGAGUCUUUUGCAUAAUUUUAUCGUGCUGCGAUUUACCACGAUAUUCCAGGUGGCAUUUUUUCCUCGUUUUUAUUGUUACUCGUUAUUGAUUGAUUCGAACGUUCGCCCGAUAUUGCGUCAGUGUCACCGGUAUUACUAUUCCGUAUUCCGUUUUUAUCCUCCGCUCUGCACAAAAAACAAACCAAAUAUUCCGAAAAGUGUUUCUCCCAACUGACAGUGAGAAUAGACGAAAAAAUAUUGCGGAAUGCUACUGAAAUAUGACAGUCUGGUUAUUGUUGGGAGCGUUCUAUUAUAAACUGAAUUACUGAUAAUAAAAAACAAAUAUAUAUUUUGUAAAUAUUGUAGAUUAACGAUUGACUAUAAUUCGUAGAAAUAGGUUAUACGUGCGCCCGCGUCUUAUAUCACUCGUGAAACUAUUUUGUGUGAAAUACCGAUCCGUCGACCAAACAUUGGAAACCGCUUUUUCACGUUUCGACGGAUGCCGCUGUCUGCUUCGAUAGUGAAAUCGUAUUCGCUACUGGAAACGUCCAGAUAGAUCAUAAGGUAUGAUGAGAAAAAUAAUAAAAAUGAAACGUAACUGUAGUUGUGCCGGACAAAGAAGCGCGGGUUUGUCCCAGUCACGUGUGCUCUUUUAUUACACUUGGAGCGAUGGGGAUACGAAUUUUGGUGUCUCUGAUUGGUGAAAGUAUUGCGUGACUUUUGUGCCAUGUGAAAAUAUUGAAACGGAGCCGAAAAAAAAAUAUACAUUGACGGCUAGUUUCCGGGACUCGGAAGAAAAAUAAAAUUACACGGUCCGACAACGACGAAACUGAUAUACAUAGUUGUAUGGACCUAUUGAAUAAAUACAACACAUUCGAAUA